GGAGGCGGACGUGUCUUCUGUGCUCCUGGCCGCCGCGCUGACGCCACCGGCCGCCCUCAAUUUUCCCCCUCACACCUCCUCCUGAAGGUCUGGCCCCCCAGGGGCACCAUGGGGGCGUGCCCGCCGCCCACGCCGCCCACCACUCGGGAGGACAACCUCCUUGCACGCCCACCAUAUCAAGGGCGUCGUAUCCCCUGCCUCACAAACAGCGAAUUGUGUGAAGAAUGAGGUCAGGGACGCCUACAACCCGUAGAGCUCUGGAUUGAGUGUGUUAGUGACCUUUGACCUGACCUCCGAGUGAGUCCAGGUACUGAACUAGAUACCGUGAAGUGGCCUGUGACCUGACCUCCCACUGAGGUAAUGGAGCGGAGGUGACCGGGUGUGAGAGGACUGGCCGUGACCUCCCUCGAUGACCCUGGCGUGAGAAUGCGGUACGGAGAGUGCCAGGGUCAAGACGAGGUCAGCCUGGGUCGGGAGGCGGAGGAGCGCGGUGUUGACGGCCCCAUCUACUACAGGGUCAACGAUGACAACACCGGCCCAGAGCUCUUUAUUGAGGUGUGUGUGGAGAGGGGGUGGAGAGUAUGGGACGGGGCGACGGAGGGGGCGGACGAGGGGGGCGGCGGCCCCGGACCCUCCUGGAACAUCUGGUGGAGACACGGCUUCCCUCCAGGAGUCUACAGGAGACUCAAGCCCUACCAGGUGAUCAACCACAUUCCCCGCGCCAACGGUCUCUGCAAGAAGGACAGCUUAGCGAGGGCGCUACAGAAGAUGAAGCACAUUUUUGGCUCCGUCUUCGACUUUAUCCCAGCGACGUACCUGCUGCCGUGCGAGUACACCAAGCUGGUGGCUGAGUACACACGACUCAUGUACCAUAACAAGCAAGAUCAAUGGUCCAAGAGUCCAUCCGGAAACACAGGUCUCCCGGGGUCACCCGCGACGGGUCAGACGCCGGGACAGGCCAGUGAAGACUCGCCACCACACAACAUAUGGAUCUGUAAACCUAUUGGUAGCUCACAGGGCAGAGGGAUCUCCAUCUUCCAGGACCUGCACGACCUGAGCUACACGUCGAGCGCCGUGGCCCAGCGGUACAUCCACAACCCCUUGCUGGUGGGCGGCUACAAGUGUGACGUGAGGCUGUACGUCCUCGUCACCUCCUUCCUCCCCCUCACCGUCUACAUGUACACCGAGGGCAUCGUCAGGUUCGGGACCGAGAAGUACAGCUUGGCGGCUCUUGACAACAUCUUCAGUCACCUCACCAACACGUCUCUCAACAAGCUCGCUCCGGGCUACAGGAUAGAGAAGGAGAGAGUCGGUGCUGGGUGUAAGUGGACGAUGGGAGAGCUUCGUCGGUACCUUAGUGGGAGCGGUCAGAAGGACUGGUUAUUGUGGCAGCGGGUGUGUGUGUUGGUCUCCCUUACACUCCUCACACAGGUCGGCCAUGUUCCACACCAUCACAACUGCUUCGAGCUCUACGGCUUCGAUAUCCUGGUGGAUGACACACUGACACCAUCACUGCUGGAGGUGAACCGUUGCCCAUCACUGAGCUACGACUGUGAUGUCGACCGUGUGGUCAAAAAGCCGCUGCUUCACCACCUCUUUGACCUGCUGGGACCGCCCAAGGUGGCUGAGCCCUUGGGACGAGGGCUCAGACCACCUGUCCUCAUCUUCCUAGCCCGUGAGAAGCAGAAGAAGGAUAGUGAGAGAGAAGUCGCCAUCCUCAACCACGAUAUCUUCAGUGCCUUGGAUCUGAAGCAGUACAGCAGACUCAUGGAGAGUUUUCAGGUGUUCCGGCCACAUAUGAGAGGAAGGAAGCCUCGGAGCAGUGUGUGUGAGGACUGUGAGGAGGGCAGCGGAGAACUGAGAACACCCAACACACCCCGAGACGUCCACCGGGCCUUACUAGGCACCUGCAGCAUUGAGAACUAUCGUGUCGCCAGCAGGAAAGACUCCCAUAGGAUCCCUAACGCAAAAGGUGUGCCAGCAUCAGGUCGCACAGGAGCGACUCGCAGGAGGCGGUCCAUCUCCUCCUUGUCAGGCGUCCCUCACGACCCCCUCGUGCCGGAGGAACUCAGUCUAGACACCUUCGUGCCUCUCACCUUCAACACAACAUUCCAGCGCGUGCGUCGUCAGUUCAUCAACAAUCAAACCAGCAGGAACUACAUACCCCUGGCCAAUAACAGCCGAGAGAACCAGGUGCUGGAUCUAGCAGGCCGCAGUCGGCCGAACUCAUCCCGCCGAGGUGAAGGAGGUCGGGGCCCCCAACGGUGCCCAGCGAGGUGCGGGGACUGGGUGAGGACUUUCCCUUACAACGCGGCGACGUUACACGCCAGUAAAGACCCCAUGUACACCAAGACACUGGUGACAGAGCUGCACAAGUACAAGCGAGCCUGCGAGAAGGUCUUCAGGGACAACCCCACAGCCUCCGACGACUACCUAGAUGCUCUCAUGCAGAAGAUGUUAUGGAGAGACAGCAUCAUAUGGAGACCAAAAACCUAACCCAGUGUGCCAUAGUAUAAACCAGGAGUUCUUAACCUUUUUAUGAUUACAGAUUACCUAAUAUGUCCCCCAACUCACAGUAUAUUAGCCAAUAUGUCCUUAUACCCCCCUUUGCCAGACUGUUAAAAUCAUCACUACCGCCAAGUACAAUCAGGUACUAUCAGGUAGGACUUCAAUAAAUGUCAAUAAGUCAAUUUUACUUAUGAAUAGCUAGGAGUAGUACAGCUGAAAGAAUAUAAUAAAGAUUUUUAUCACAUUUACAGAAAACUGGCAAUUUACAAACAAAAGCUAGCUACAACUAAUGGGGUUACACAGAUAAAUCGCAGCAACGUGAUAUAUAUCAGUGAGAAUAUCAAGUGGGGCUCUGAGGUGACUCCAACCCGCAGCCAAGGUACUGCGAGCCGCAAACUCUGCCACUUGUCAUAGCCUUUGUACUACCACAAGUCAGGGUGGUACAGUGGUUGAGGCUGGCGGUGCCGUGAUCUUGGGUUCGAGUCACUUUAGAGCUUCAGUUGAUUUUCUCACUAAUGAGAGUUUUGUUGUUAUUUUUGUUUAACCCAAACAUGGAAUAAUUUGUUUAUUGUUCAGAGAUAAAGUCUCAUACCCCAAAUGUGUAUGGAUCCCCCAGCUAAGAACCCUGGUAUAGUGUUUCCUGUACUCCGCAGGUGGUAGACGGUAGAUAUGUAGAUGGUAGCUUCCUCACCUCAGAACCUUCACUGCCAAAAAUCUCCACAACUUGCAACUCGUCAUUUCAGAAAUAAGAUGAGCAUCUUUGUGCCUUUAUAUAUUUUCAUUCUUUGCUUGUAGACCCAGUUUGCCUGCUAGUCAGCACUCGUUCAUAUCCGCACUAGUCUCCCCCACAAACUUGACCAGUUUUCUCUCAAGGAUCUAUUUUUCUGUCUGGUCAUAACUCGAGGGAGUUUUCUGUACAAUAUGGCAACAUUUCCCCCCCCCCCCUUGUUGGAGGUGUUGCCAUCUCGGAUAUUAAUAAUAUUCUUGUUUUUAUUACUAA